AUGUCAGACAUUAAGGUUCUCUCCGAAGAGGAGUUUCGCCAGCAGAUCGUGAUGAAGUACACAGACGUCAUUGGUGAGAAGAUCGGCGGCUGCGUUGUUCUGUUCUCCGACGAGUGGUUUGCAGCCGCCGCCAAUCUUAUCAAGCCCAAGGCGCCCAUCAGAGACGCCAGCCGUUUCACCCACGCCGGCGCUUGGUACGACGGAUGGGAAACGCGUCGCCACAAUGUCGAGGAGGCCGACUGGGUGAUUUUCCGCGCUGGCGUGGCGCUGGCCCGCAUCGUGGCCUGUGAAGUCGACACGGCAUUCUUCAAUGGUAACCAUGCUCCACAUAUCUCAGUGGAGGGCGUUCGUGUGGCCAGCGACAGCGAAUUGGGCCAUGCGCCUUGGGAGCCUGUCAUUGCCAAGUCGCCCUGCGGACCUUCCCAAAGACACUUUUUCGUUCGGCCAGCGGCGACAGAAACUAGCUACACGCAUUUCCGGUUGCGCAUGUACCCAGACGGCGGCAUUGCCCGUUUCCGGUUGUACGGCAUUGCCGAGGCUGUUCUUCCCAAGGACAAGUCUGUUGUGUUGGACAUGGCGUCCGCUUACAAUGGAGGCGUGGCUGUACGGGUGAGCGACCAGCACUUUGGCAGCGCCGACAAUCUUCUUUUGCCCGGACGGGGCCACGACAUGUCCGACGGGUGGGAAACCACACGGUCAAGAACGCCCGGCCACGUGGACUGGGUGGUUGUGCGUUUAGGUGCUCCUACAAAAGUGCACCAUGUGGUUGUGGACACGGCGCAUUUCCGGGGCAACUUCCCACAGAAAGUCAACGUCAAGGGCUGGAACGGCCAAGGCGAGCCGCCAGCUGCAGACUCGUCCGAGUGGAGGGAGAUUGUGGGCGACUCCAAAACAGGCCCAGACCAUGAACACACUUUCGAGGUGGCGCUGGAGGAGGUGUACACACACGUUCUUUUGACCAUUAUUCCCGACGGUGGUGUGAAGCGGUUGCGUGUUUUUGGAACCGUGGCGUGA